AUGGUUGGGCUAGCUGGCCCCAGCGGCGUGGGGGAGUCCACUGCCGCCGGGAUGGUGGUCCGUCGAACAGACGUGCGGGCACAUUUCCACAAGGGGGUGUUGUGGUUACAGGAUCUAGAGGCGGCCGAGGCAGUCAUGACUACCCUCGAGCGCUGGUCGAUCCUCACGGUAGAGGACGGCAGAACCGCGAAGGCCGAGGAGCUCCAUCGACGAGAGCUCGCAAUUCGUGAGGGAAAACUUGACGAGGACCACCCGGAUGUGGCAGAUACCUUGAAUUGGCUCGCCGUCAAUGUGGGCGACGCAGGCAGGAAGGAGGAGGCCGAGAAAUUGUUUCGACAGGCGCUUGCAAUCCGGGAUGAAAAGCUGGGCAUCGAUCACUGGGACACUGCGAUAACCAGGAAGGCCUUAGCACAGCUGCACAAGUCCACAUUGGCGGUAGUGACUCAGACGGUGGCCGUGCUGUUGGCUGGCGUGGUGCUUUAUGUGACAAUAAGCGCGAUUUGGGGGGAAGAUACGGUGGUAAACGGAUUUUCAUAG